GAACGCAGUGGUAAUAAUCAUGGGACGGCGAAUUCUGAAGAUGCAGGUCCGGAUGAGCCCGUUCUUAUCGGUGUGCCUCAGCUUGAUGAUGUCCAUCGGGUCUUGCCGGUGCAAGCCGGCGUUGAGCGUCCCGCAGGUCGACGGAGCUGCGGGGUUUCUCCGGCCGGCGCUGGGGGACCUGGCCGAGGAGGAGGAGGAGCAGGCUGCCCGAGCGAGGCUGGAGAGUUUCCUGGGCAACAUGAAGCAGAAGAUCCUCCGCAAGCUGAACCUGACCUCCGUGCCGCAGGAGCAGGGCAGGGUCGACCCGCCGCCAUUUAUGAUGGAGCUCUACAACAGACACGCUGCUGACGGGUCCUCCGCCCCGCUCUCGGACGUGAUCCGCAGCUUCGGAGUGCUAGAUGUCAUCCGGUCUGUAAAACGUGGCAACACCUCAGAGCACCGGCUGCUCUUCAAUGUCUCCAUCCCCUGCCAUGAGGAGGUCACCGCCGCAGAGCUGCGGCUCUUCACGCUGCCCAACGGUGCCCCGCCAGAGUGCACGGGUUGCCAGGCGACCAUCAGCGUGUAUAACAUGGAGCGCGGCUCGAAAGGACACGGGCUCCACUUUCUCACCAGCAGGAGAGUGAAAGGCAGCCACGGCGCCUGGGAGGUGUUUGACGUGACUGGACCGAAGUUGGGCUGGAUCACACCCGGCCAGAGCACCAAAGAGUUCAAGGUCCACAUCCAGCAGGGAGAAUGCGCUGUCCUUGACGUCAGCCUCAGCCUGAAGGACAACAGCUCCGCCAUCCUGAUCGUCUUCUCCAAUGAUCCCAGGAGCAGAAGGAAAGAUGGCUGGAACGACCUGAAGCCUACAGUCGUGCAUGUAGAGGAUAGGCAUCCACCCAAGACCAAGGUGCUAAUCGACAACAACGAGAUCCCUAUUGACAUCCAUCCAAGGAGGAGGAAGCGAGCUGAGCACGACUAUUGCCGGAGAACCUCCCUCAAGGUGAACUUCAAAGAGAUCGGCUGGGAUUCCUGGAUCAUCGCCCCACCGGAAUACGAUGCCUUUGAGUGUCGGGGCAUGUGCUACUUCCCGCUGACGGACGAUGUCACCCCGUCCAAGCAUGCUGUGAUUCAGACACUCGUCAACCUGGGAAACCCCAAAAAGGCCAACAUGGCGUGUUGCGUCCCAACCAAACUGGACCCCAUCACAGUCUUGUACAAGGAGAACGGCAUACUUACCAUGAAACACUUCUACGAGGAGAUGAAAGUCGCUGAGUGUGGAUGCAGAUAGUAGAAGAAAAACAUGGAUACUCGGGGGUGGGGGGGGGGGGGUCUUCAUGCUGCUUCCACUCCACCCCCAAGAGGCUGCCUCACUACAGUCUAAUCCAUAAUAAACACUGGGAGUGACACUA